AUGGACGGCGGCUUCGACGACCUGCUCGCACCCUCACGAAACCCAAUGGAGAAUCCCUUCCAGGACCCUUUCGCACAAGCACGGUCGAGCUCUCCGGAUCCGUGGGCAAGCUUCGGUCAGCCCGCCGUAUCAUCCUUUAAUGAGGAGCAGCCAUGGGGCAGCAGCUCCCCCAUCGUCUCCACACAUCCACAGGACGCAUUCUCGCACCCGUCUGGCUUCGAGGCUCACGAUGACGAAGAGCCGCAGGGACCGCGCGAGGACGAGCCCCAAGAGGAAGCCGCAUCCGUAGACCCGCUCGACACUGCGGCCUUCAACGCAGCAGAAGCGGCGGCCGAUGCGGAGGAAGCUGCUGCUGCUGUCAAUGGCCCCAUUCUCCCUGAGCGCGGUUUCCGGGAGAGCGUGUCGGCGGAGGCGGAGGAGCACCCCGUACCUCACGAGCCAGAAUCCGAGCCAGAACCCGCGAAGACACCGACGUUACCGGCGAACGAUGUCCCGAAGGCCGUAUCCCCUCCUCCCGUCGCCCCCGCAGAUGCUCCAAAGAGCUUCCCUGGGCAUAUGUCUCGCAGUUCUAUCACGUCGGUGACUUCCUCGCAGAUCAAGUCGGAGCCCGCUGCGUUCAACCCUCUGGAUCAGCCGAGAAGCUCGUUCGACCGGUCCAUUGCAGGCUUGUCAAUUGGCGGGGAGGCUCUAGGUGGAUGGCAAAGUUCGACUGGGUGGCAAACGCAGACGACGUACACCAUCCCGGAACAGAACACCGGCGUGUCCCACAGUCAGAGUGUGUCGGACGACGAUGAUGACGACAGGCCGAUUGCGGAGACCAUGGCGGCGAGGGCUGCUUCUAGGGAUAGGGCGACGUCGGUGAGUCCCCCUUCACAGCCAACGGCGAAGAAUGGCCUCCUUCCUGUCUUCCAAAUAUCAGUCGAUGACCCGCAAAGAGUGGGAGAUCCCAUACGCGCGUACACGAUGUACACGGUGCAUACCAAAACAACAUCACCUAUGUACAAGAAGUCCAGCUUCUCCGUUCUUCGUCGGUAUUCCGAUUUCUUGUGGUUGUACGAAACGUUGUCCAUGAACAAUCCCGGGGUGGUUGUCCCCCCUGUUCCCGACAAGAACAAGUUCGGUCGCUUUGCAGAAGACUUCGUACAGCAACGUCGCCUUGGUUUGGAGAAAUGUGUUCAGAAAAUGGCCAACCAUCCAGUACUCCAGAAGGACACCGACCUGAAGAUGUUCUUGGAGAGUGACACCUUCGCCUUGGACAUCAAACAACGGAAAGCCGAGCUGGCUCAAGAGAAAGGGGGUCUCAUGGCCACGCUCGGUCAGACCAUCGCGGGGCCUCGCUUCUACGAAACAGAUGAGUGGUUCGACCGGCAGAAAGCGUAUCUGGACAGCCUUGAGACUCAGCUUCGCGGCCUUGUGAAGGCCAUCGAUGCAGUUGCCAAACAGCGUGCAGACAUCGCAGCUGCAGCAGGCGAAUUUGCGCAGACCAUCGCAGAUCUAGCCGCAUGCGACGUUGGAAGUCAGCUCUCGGUGUCGCUGUCGAUGUUUGCCGAAGUUGAACAGAAGGUCCAAGAACUCCAGUCAGCCCAGGCGAACGAUGACAUGAGGACCAUUCUCAGCACUGCGGACGAGUACGCCCGUCUGAUCAACUCAGUCAGGCUGGCGUUCAGCUCCCGCGUGCGCAUUUAUCAUGCUUGGCAAAAUGCAGAUGCGAACCUUCGUCGCACGAAACAGACACAUGAGACCAACCGUGCCCAAGGCCGGUUUGGGCCAGAGCAACUCAGUCGAUCGUUGCAAGUCGUCGGGGAGUCUGAACGUCGGGCACUGGAGGCUAAACAGGAGUUUGACCAAGUCUCUAAACUGGUGAAGUCGGAGACCGCUCGCUUCGAACAGGAGCGUAUCGAAGACUUCAAGCACGCCCUUGAGGCUUUCUUGGAGGGGUUGAUCACGCGGCAGAAGCAGCUCAUUGCAUCAUGGGAGAACUAUCAACAAUCGUUGCUGCAGAGGGUCACUCCGCACUCGAACAGAGAGAACGAUUCAUGA